CCGUGCGCCCGGCUACGGGAUCUCAGCAGCUGCCGCUCUCGCGACUACGCGAGCGAGCCGAGUGUGCGAGUCGGUUGACGUUUCGCCUCCGUGAGAAACCCGUUGUCGAGUCUGCGCGUGUGUGCGGUCGGUAUGCGGGCAGCCCCGUUGGCUGGCUGGCUGGUUAGUCGGUCGGUUGGUUGGUUGGCUGGCUCCUGGUACGCGGGCUCUCCUCUCACGUGCGUGCGUGCGUGCGUCCGCGCGCGCAUCUCCCCGUGACUCCCGUCCCCGAGCGUGCGUGUUUUACGUGCGCGCGCGCGUGUGUGUGAGUUUGAAAAUUUGAAAAGCCGACGUGCGCGAGUGUAGCCGCGGAUAGCCGCGCGGUGCAUCCUGCAGGUGCUGCGUGCUGCGUUAAAGAAAAAAAUCAAGGAGAGUCAGGAGAGGCGCACAGCCCUCGCCGUCAGUCGGAUAAGGAUUUUUCUCUCUUUUCACGCGGAGGAGGAUUUCCGUGACGGAGGAUUUACGCGAUCGUCUUCUCUUUCCUUCGCCGCCGUCGCCGCCGUCGUCGUCGUCGUCAUCAUCAGAAACGGCGGUAUAUCCCAACGGAAUGUGGCACGAGAGGCACCGCCGGCACCAUCUCGGAAGCCAUGCCGGCUGACGAGCUCGUGCGUACCCGACGAGAAGACGGUGGUAGAAAAACGUGCUUGCAGCCACCUUAACGCAUCGAUCGAUCGAUUGCGUCGUUAUUGAUAAGGAAAGAGAGAGAGAGAGAGAGAGAGAGAGAGAGAGAGAGAGAAACAGCGAGAGGCCCCGAUCGACCCGAUCAUGCCCUUAGCGAACCCGUUUCGCUCGUUGUCAUUAUAGUUCCACGCUGUGAACCCGAUAUGUGAGAGCCGCCGCCGUCUGAUGGAUGCCGUCGCCAUGGUGGAGCAACUGGUGUGCAGCAAUUCGCUGAGUCCGGGAACGUAACGUCAAACAAGCCCCAUAUAUAUUCCUUCUAUGUUUAGGGAAUUAAUUGCAAUCGGGACGAAUGAGAGAUAGCUUCAGCUAGAAAACCGGAAAAUGACGUGCCUUUACGUAUUUAGAAUAAAGAAGACCUAAAGAAUUUAAAAAAACGAUUUAUUUUACUAUGAGAAUUUUAGAGUGAUAGAAAUGAAAUUAGCUUGAAGUUUGAAAUCGAUGAAUUGCAUAUUAAUUCGCGAUGGACUUAGUGUAGCUUGGAAAUUUAGAAAUUUAAUCAUUGCGGAACAUUCGUGCAGUGUGACGAAGAAAGAAGUGAUAUUGUUUUAACACGAAGAAUCUAGAUUGAUGUGUUACAUUUGAUAUGUUAUGUGCUAUGUGACUUACAAUUAAAAACUUGAUAAACGAUUAAUUUCAUCGUGAAAUAACAUAAAGAACGUAAAAAAACGUAAAAAAACGUAAAGAAAGAAGUGACGUUCUCUAAUAUGAGGAAUCUAAUUUGAGGAAGGUUUCAAGUUAACAUCUACGUGCUAUGACACGGUGGAUUCGGUGCAAUUCAGUACUCUAUUCCGUCACGAGGUCGCCAUGUGAGAAUCACCGUAUCAGGAAGAAAGAGAAGAAGCCUCACUCCGCGUGACACCAGCGUGUCGAGUAAUGCUGAAACACAUCCUGACGGGGCAGCCGUCGUCAACGGGCUCCAGGCAUCAUCACAAUGAUUAUCAGACGAGCUCGGGCUCGUUGCACGGCGGGCACCACCAUCAUCAUUUGCACAACAGCUCGCUGCACCAGGAUCCGCAGCAGCAGCAACAGCCGCAGCCGCAGCAACAACAACCGCAGCAGCAGCAGCAUCUUCAUCACCACCACUACACCGGAAGCACCGGGACACGCGGCGGCGUCACCGGGCAUCGCGGUAACAACGGCGGGAUCGACGUGUAUGAUUCCGUGGCGAGGCCGGCGGUGUCGAACGCGCAUCAAUCGGCGACGACUCCCUCGUCGACACAUCGACAUCCGCUGAACCACUCUCAGUUGAGCGUCAAUAAUUUGUCGCAACGCCUGAAUCAUUCGCACGCGCUCAACAUAUCGACUCUGUCAACCUCCAAGCACUCGGUUAACAGCGUCAGUCCGGUCGGCGGAAUCAACGGCAACAAUGGUGGCGGUAACAACAAUAAUAAUAAUCAUAACGUCUCGGCAAAUCAGUUGGGCCACACCAUAAUCUCGCAGACGAGUGUCUCGCAUCAGGACAGGCCUAAAGCGAACGGCGGAUUCGACAUCUCCAGGCUGUCGCGGCUGCCGAGCCAAACUACGCCGUCACCCGCGCCUGCCACAUCUGCGCUUCCUGUCGUGGCCAGCCAAGUGGCCGGUGGACCGACGGUGAUACCCCUCAAUGCCUCUUGGUCCUCGUCCCUGUCCAGGAAUCUCCAUCGGAGUGACGAGGCCGGCGUGAAGGAGAUGCUGACGAGCCUUGGACUGCUCUGUCUGGUAUCCCUACUUUUAGCUCUGCUUUCGGUCAUCUUCCUACUGAAGAUCUCGCCGCUCACGGUCACGUCUAACAGCCUUAUCAGCCCGGAAGAGUUCGUGAUCGUCUACGAGGUCACCCUGGCGCUGUGUGCCCUCGCCCUGUCCCUCAAUCUCUGUUGCCUGCUGGUCUGCGCCAUUCAGUUCCUUUUCGCGGUGAAACUCGUCAAGACCUCGUAUCGGGGUCACCGGAGUAACAAGUACCUGCAAAAAUCGUCCAUCAGCCGCGUGUGCGCCGUCGGAGGUUUUUUCAUUAGCAUCCCUGUCUUCUUAACUGGCAUGAUUCUGUACACGUUCAUCCAGUUCCAUUCGACCCCGGCGAUCGUCACGUCGGUCUUCAUCGGCGUCGGCAUCGUGUUCUGCGGAUGCGCCAUGGUCCACAACGUCUUCGUAUGGCAGAAAGAGAAGACGAAUGCGGUAAAGGCGUUUGCCCGCGAGCAAUGCGAGGUCGCGGCGCAGCUGCAACGUCAACAGCAGCAACUGCAACUACAACAGCAGCAGCCGCAUCAGCAGAUACACUCGCAGCAUCAACAGCACCAUCAGCAGCAGCAUCACCACCAUCACCAUCAGCAGCUGCAACUGCGGCCGACGCUGCAUAUGGGUGCGAAGAUCGGUAGCGGCGGUGGCGGUCCGAUGGGCCAUUCGACCGUCAGUCUGGCCCAACUUGGUCGCGGUCUUCAUCAUCCUUAUCAGCAUCAUCCUCAUCAGCAUCAUUCGCAUCAGCAGCGGCACGUGUCCUCCAUGUCGCCGCCGUUAUUACUGUCAUCGCCGCAUUCCGCGUCGCAGCACAACCAUCUGACGCAUCGCGGCGGUAUCGCCACCGCCGCCGCCACCGCCGCCGCCGCUGCCGCUGCUGCCGCUGUCGCCGUCACCGCCACACCAUCAACGACGCCCGGCGACCGGUCGCCGCCGAGUCCCAACGGCGGCGGCGGCGGCGGCGGCAGCGGCAGCGGCAAGCUCAACAGGUCGCAGCAUUUGCCGCGUGAAACCAGUGGCAGCGUAAGCCCCGGUCUGCCGGCGGCCACGCUCGAUCUGAGUAGUGCCGCUACCACCAACAGUCCGCACGAAUUGUCGACUCUCGUUUAAACAUCUCGAAAAGAGAAUAGCCCAGUAAACGGGAAAGGAUUAAAAUGUUAAAAUUUUUUAAUUCGUGGACUGUAAUCGAUUGGCCUCCGUGAAGGACUUUUUAUUUCAUAAUACGAAUAUAAUAUAAUAUA